CCAUAGGGUGUGCUGUUGAUUGCUGUUCUCAUUGCAACAACCCGCAGGAGGAUGGAAUAACUACCCCACCCAUCGAAAAUGGAUCAUGUGGAAGAGGCUUCUCGGAGAGCUUCUGAAAGGUGAUGUGGUCUAUGAAUCAGCUCUAUCUUCUCCUGCACUGAAAAAUGCACAGGGUUAAAAUCUGAAACGCUGAAAAUCAACAUUAAUAUUUACAAACAAAAAUAAGAGAAUGUAAAGGUGUGAAGAAGACAUUCUCAUGCGUUUUUGGCUUGAGAAUGGUCACAUGUCAAGGAUUACUGAUUCUUCUGUUCCUUGAAGCUGCCUUUGCAAGCCCCUGUCCACACCACUGUACAUGCUCUCCACCAGGAAACAGUCCUCUAAAACUGAACUGUAGUUUCAUGGGAAUGAUGGUGCUUCCACUUUUACCAAGUCAAACACAAGAGUUGUACCUCCAGGGCAACAAGCUAGAAACGAUACCUGCAGGAGCAUUUGACCAUCUUCAGGGGUUGAAGAUCAUCAAUCUUUCUAGGAAUCCGUGGCACUGUGACUGUGGAAUUUUGUAUCUGAAAAACUGGUUGGAAGACCAAAUGGGAAGCUUACUUUCUAAAGAUGUUAGGUGCUUUUCUCCUCCUUUGCUUCACAAAAAAAUUAUAUUUGAGCUCAAGAGGAAUGAACUGCCGUCUUGUUCCACUUCCCAAACACUUUGUUCUGAUUUCUUGUUCAGUGAUGCAUUCCUCUUCUUUCUUAUGUUCAUUCCUUUUAUUAUCAAUUGUUUCUUGAUAACAAAAGGGACUAAAUUUAAAGUGGAUGUUUAUGAUAAGAAUUCAACAGACCCAGGAACACUGCCUGCGAUUUCUGAUCAGCUGAACAGAAGAACAGGAAGACAACCAAGCCAUUCAUUAUUGUUUGUGACUACUGUGCAUUAGGUUGCAAAACAAAAAGAAAGGUCAAACAAAUCAUUUCUGUUUAUCAUUAAAAGUCAAAUGGUCAACUGAAAAGCAUAACUGUUUUGACUGUUCAUUUUAAAGAACAGAAAUUCAUUCAGAAUAUCUACACUGAACAAAAAACACAAUAUGCAGCUUUUAAGAUAAAAUUCAAACUAAAGAGUUAGUAUUCUCAUUUUAAACAUGAUACUUCUGAUUUUUCAUAACAUGUUUCAGUGCAUCUGAUGAAAGCACCUCCUGCUAUCUGGACUAUAAUUCAAGUCAAAGAUCAGGUGGGCAAUUAUAGGACUCAAUUAAUAAAUCAGUAUACUGAAUUAUUUAGCACCUGUUGACCUGGAUUCUGUCCUGGUUGUGAUCAUUAUCAUUUAAUCCAUAAACAGUUUUUGGCAGCCAGAGUCCAGAUGCUGAUUAGGAUAUGCCACAAUUAUAAAUGCUUUAAAGACUUUCCAUUUACACUAAUGCAGUGAGUAGUAUAUGUGGGGCUCCCUGUGUGUGUGUGUGUGUCUACAUCUUCUGCUAACUAUGUUUUUGAUGUUAUUAAUAUACAGUAUCUAUCAACAACACAAAAAAGUAGUUAGCAAUGGAUGUGAUUUCUUACUGAGAUUGCAUGGAAGCACUUGUUAUCAAGUUCAAAGAGCUGUGUUGGUUAAUUGUCUCUGAGUCCAGUUCAAGAUAAUUGUGUUGACCUCUAGCUAUCUAUAUAGUUGUGAAAACCCUAGCAUAAUUUAACACUUCAUACCAACCUACUUACAGAUUAUAUAUCCUCCAGAUCCCCCUCACACCCAAGAUGUUUGCAAUCAGACAAAGGACAUUGUUAGCUUUUGCACCCUAUUUGUAGAACUUCUUUCCCAGGGAUACUUACUUAGUGUCUAUCUUGCUAUACAUGGAAGUAUUUCAUGAAUAUUUUUGUACUGUUCUGACCUUUUAAAGUAUUUUUAAAAACAUGUGCAAAUCCUUGUCCUCUGAUGUUUAUUAUUCUCUAAUAUUUCUGCUGCAAAUUAUUGUUUUAAACUGCCUUUAACCAUCGCAGUUUGUUAUAAAGUUUGAGACACACAAAACAUAAAACACAGACAAAACCCCAGUGAUUAUGGUAACCAUUUUCUAAGAGCAGCUUAUUCUUCCCAUUUAUUCUAAGGGCUAUCCCCAAAUUGCCUUCCCAAUUUACCCUGAAAAGAGAUCCACUAUUUAACAUGCAUAAAACAAUGGUUUUCUUCUUUUUCCUUAUCAGGAAAAGAAACCAGGAGACCAGGAGUUCUAGUCCUGCCUUUGAUACGAAAGCCAGCUGGGUGACCUUGGGCCAGUCACUCACUCUCAGCUCUAGGAAGGAGGCAAGGGCAAACAACUUCUGAAAACAUUGCCAAAAAAACUGCAGGGACUUGUCCAGGCAGUUGCCAGGAGUCAACACUGCCUUGAAGGCACGCACACACGCACACACACAGAAUUUAAACUAACUUUUACAACCUGGUACUUCCACAUUAAUUGGACUACUGCUCCCAUCACCACAGCCAAAAUAACUGUGG